AUGAAGCGUAGUAAACGCAGAGUUGACCAAUCCCCUUCGUCGUCAACACCGGUAGUACCACGACGUAACUUGGAGCUCUCCCCUCUUUUUUCAUACGGUAUUCGAGAUUCUGAUACAGAUAAUUCUGCGGAGCACUUUGGAUUACCAGUUUCUCCGCCCUCAUCAAAGCCUCGUUUUUCAUCCAUUAGGUAUUCUCCUCUAGAAAUUGAUGCGCAGCCAAAUAAAGAAAACGUGAGCAGCAUAUAUCAUAACUUCAGCCAGGAUACUUCUUCACCUGAUGGCGGUGUAUGCCAUCCAGAUUUGUCGGACAGGUCAAUCGCCAAAACCUUUUUAAGUGACCACUUGCAACACAGCUUUUCCUUUGCUCGCCAUAUGGAACAACGUGCUCUCCUUUGGUCUACGCGUAUCAAACAGUCAGUGAGCCUAUCUAUGAGUCCACGUCUGCUUUUCCAGCCGGAGGCUUGCGCGUCAUCUGAUGCUGUUGAUUCUGCUUCAGAACGGAAGAAGCUUUUAGCAGUUGACGAUCUAAUACUGCAGUCAUAUAUGACAAUCAGCAGACAAACAGUGUCAACUGUAGAAAGGUAUGCCCGCCUUGCAGUCGUUUGUCCUGAGCUUCUGAGUCGCCGCACGGUGAAUAGAUUUAUGAGACAGUGUACACCAGGGGAAGAAUGCCGGCAAGAACGACCUAGCGGUACAAACCCUAUUUUCAACUGCAGCUAUCUUGCAGGGUCAUUUUCGAACGUUGUCGAUAUUUGUCGGACAAGACUGGCUGUACUAUACAAAGCUCGGCAUCGACUAAGUGGCGUAUUAUAUUGCUUGAAGCGAUCGCGCUGUGACUUUGAAUUGGAACAUUUCAACGGCAGUUCAUCGGCUGAAAUGUUGAAUGAAGUGCAAGCCUUGUCAUUGCUCCAGCACACGAAUAUUAUUCGGUUUUUCGGUUCGUGGUAUGAGGCAGAUUCUGUUUAUGAACAACUGGAGCUGUGUUUAGGAGGAAGCCUUUUUCAUUUGCUCCAUCCAGAUAGGCAGCAUGACACUUCUGAAGUGGUGUCAUUUGUCUCGCAAACCAACCACGUUGAUGGUGAAGGACAUACUUCUCCAAGCGAUACAAACGGUAAUCGUCUCUCCGAGAAACCACUGAUUAUACUGGCGUCCCAUGUUCUCAGUGCUCUUCACUAUAUGCACACUAAUUGGUCUAUGGUUCAUGGUGAUGUUAAGCCAAGUAAUGUCUUGAUUCAGUUGAGCAGACCAGAAGCUUAUCUAGCGUCUGCGAAAGACUGUAUAGAAAUGGACGCCAAGUGUCACUGUUAUAAGCUCUUGCUUGCUGGUGAUACCACAGGAAUCGUCUUUAAAUUAUCUGAUUUCGGACGGGCAUCCCGCGCUGGCGAAGAUCGUGAUGGUGAUGAUUUGGGUGAUGGACGCUAUCUUCCAAGAUUAAAUGAUCCUAGUCCACCAGCAAGGGCUGCGACGGGACGUGACCUCUACGCACUAGGUAUUACACUUUAUCAUUCAGCGGGUGGACCUAUGUCCGCAUCUGUCUGGGAACGCCUUCGUGAGACAGAUUGUCUGCCGGAUCUUUUGGUAAUGCCAGUUUCUUUGAGACCAGUUGUCAAAAGUCUUCUACGCCCUCUUGCCCAAGAUAGACCAACUGCAUCUGAACUCGUCAAUUAUCCCCUAUUUCGUCCUCAUGUUAAUAUACGCUCGGAUGAUCCUUGUCCAUUGUUGGACGUUGGUAGCAGUAGCUGA